AUGAUACUCGACCCAGCUGCCAAACCACUCGAACCGACCCAUAACAGUGAUGAAAUUGUUCAAUUCUGGAACUCCAUGGAGGAGACUGUAAAACUUUCUGAUGACAAGUGUAAAGAGGAAUCCAAAGUGAAUUCAGCUUUAGUUACUUAUUUGAAAAUGGCAACAGAUUCGUACAAGGAAUUCAUAAGAAUCGACCAAGAUCUAUAUCGAAUGGCGUUGACCCUCACAGAAUCAAAUUUGUUUAAGCUACAGAAGAAAUUUUGUCUCAGUAAAUUGUUGUCAUUGUUAAACAUUGACUUACUUGAAAUGAAUAUGAAAUUCCUUAUCUCAUACAUAUUAUUAUGUGAAUCAAAGAAGAAUAUACAUUCAUUGGAGAUCAUGAUUGAUUUUCAAGGGUUUAACGUAUUUUACAAUAACCUUUAUACAGAAUUCGCAUAUUUGAAUAAAUAUGGUGAAGAUAAGGGAUUCACCCAAGAACAAUUAACCAACCCAGUAUUAAAUGAACUGAAUGAUAUUGAUGCAGAAAUUGUGGAUGAAAUGCAUCAAAUAUCCACCGUUCUAAUGGACCUAUUAUUCCAAAUUUUCAAAUUUUGUAAAUGUAAUAUUACUGCUCUCCAAUUGAUAGACGAUUUCUUUGUGUAUUUUAUGAUGUCUUCUAUGAGAUCAGAUGUAACCACUGAUCUUUUCAAUAAUGCUCAGUUCAAGUUGAUACUCGUUCUAAAUGAACAAUAUAUGAUGUUUGCGAGAAAGUACGAGAUUGAAAAUAAAAUAUUUAAAUACUUGAUUAAUGGUACCAUAUCAAAAAAAUUUACCGAAUUAUUACUAUUGACAUUCAAUAGAAGUGAAGAUGUAUCCAUUAAAAUAAUGAUGUGCAAGGUUUUGUAUCUAAUAUUAACAACUACUGAAGAUGGGAUUGCCAUGAAUUUCUUUUAUUUGAAUGAUUUGCAUGUUUUUGUUGAUGUCAUGCUAAGGGAACUUCAAGACAUAUCGGAGAAUGAAGAGGUAUUGAGAAAUACUUUCUUAAGAGUUCUUCUACCCUUAUUGAAGAAUACAGAAUUGUCAAAGACUCAAUAUAGAAGAGCCGAUAUAGUUAAACUACUGCGGUAUUUGACAGACUUUGAUAAUAUUUGCACUGAUGGAACGGUGCUUCAUGAACACAAAAAUACAGUGACAUUAGCAUUUAAGUGCCUUACUCAAGUAGAUUGGUUAUCAUACACUCCAUCUGAAGAGGAUCCGGAUCUCCCAGCAAGUAGAGCUUCCAGUAUUAGCAUUGUUGGAAUGUCAUUAACUGAGGCCGAAUCUAAACCUAAACCUAACUCACAUAACUAUUCCAAUAAUGAAUAUUUAACAUUACCAAUUGAUGGACAUUUGCGUGUUAAUAAAAGUUUUAGUGUAUCAGCUGAAUCAUUAGGAACAAGAAAAGCAAAGCCACCUCCUCCGCCUCCCCCAGCUAGAAAAGCAAUUUCUCAAUCUAGAAAUAAUGUUACAUCUUAUAUUAUGGGGAUCAGACCGAACUAA